GGAGCUUCCUCCGCGGGACCCCCAGGCCCUAGGGCCGGGCUGCUGAUCCGCCAGGCACGGUGUAAAGAAUAUCCAGCUGGUGGCUACAGUUCCCCCUCUGGUUUUGCUGCCAUGCAUCCUGGGCGAACGACUGGUAAAGGGCCCUCCACUCACACUCAGAUUGACCAGCAACCUCCACGGCUUCUCAUUGUGCACAUUGCUCUACCGUCCUGGGCUGACAUCUGCACCAACCUCUGUGAGGCUCUGCAGAACUUCUUCUCUCUAGCCUGCAGCUUGAUGGGCCCCAGCCGCAUGUCCCUGUUCAGUUUAUACAUGCUACAAGAUCAGCAUGAGUGCAUCCUCCCUUUUGUGCAAGUGAAAGGGAACUUUGCUAGGUUGCAGACCUGCAUCUCAGAGCUCCGCAUGUUACAGAGAGAAGGCUGUUUCAGAUCACAAGGUGCUUCUCUGCGGCUGGCAGUAGAGGAUGGGCUCCAGCAAUUCAAACAAUACAGCAGACAUGUGACCACAAGGGCAGCUCUGACCUAUACGUCCCUGGAGAUUACUAUUCUGACUUCUCAGCCUGGAAAAGAGGUGGUCAAACAGUUGGAGGAAGGGUUGAAAGAUACAGACCUAGCCAGAGUCAGGAGGCUUCAGGUCGUUGAGGUCACAAAGGGAAUCCUAGAGCACGUGGACUCAGCGUCUCCUGUUGAGGAUCCCAGCAAUGAUGAAAGUUCUAUUCUGGGAACUGACAUUGAUCUUCAGACUAUAGACAAUGAUAUCGUCAGCAUGGAGAUUUUCUUCAAAGCCUGGCUACAUAACAGUGGAACAGACCAAGAACAAAUCCAUCUUCUUCUUUCUUCACAGUGUUUCAGCAACAUUUCCAGACCCAGAGAUAAUCCAAUGUGUCUGAAAUGUGAUCUCCAAGAGCGACUGCUCAGCCCAUCCCUACUCCCUGGCACAGCUGACGGCUCCUUGAGAAUGGAUGACCCCAAAGGAGACUUCAUCACUCUCUACCAGAUGGCUUCCCAGUCAUCGGCCUCUCAUUACAAGCUCCAAGUGAUCAAGGCUUUAAAAUCUAGCGGGCUCUGCGAGUCAUUGACAUAUGGACUCCCGUUCAUCCUCAGACCUACAAGCUGUUGGCAGCUGGACUGGGAUGAGCUGGAGACAAAUCAGCAACAUUUCCAUGCUUUGUGUCACAGCCUGCUGAAAAGGGAAUGGCUGCUGUUAGCCAAGGGGGAACCACUGGGCCCAGGACACAGCCAGAGAAUUCCUGCCAGCACCUUCUAUGUGAUCAUGCCAUCACACUCCCUCACACUGCUGGUAAAGGCGGUGGCCACGCGGGAACUGAUGCUGCCCAGCACCUUCCCCCUGCUACCUGAGGACCCACAUGAUGACAGCCUUAAGAAUGUGGAGAGCAUGCUGGACAGCCUGGAGCUGGAGCCCACCUACAACCCCUUGCAUGUUCAAAGCCACCUGUAUUCACACCUGAGCAGCAUCUAUGCCAGGCCUCAGGGGCGGCUCCACCCACAGUGGGAGAGCCGAGCCCCGAGAAAGCAUCCCUGCAAGACUGGGCAGUUGCAGACCAACCGAGCUCGAGCUACUGUGGCCCCCCUGUCUAUGACUCCUGUCCCAGGCAGAGCCUCCAAGAUGCCAGCAGCCAGCAAAUCUUCCUCAGAUGCCUUCUUUCUGCCUUCAGAGUGGGAGGAGGAUCCCUCAGGGCUCUAAGUCACCAGCACCAGAGCCCAGCUGCCCAGCUUAACCAUAUCCAUGCUCAGGUUCACAUAAUGGCUAUCUGUGGUCAGACUUGCCUUCUAUGCGCCUGAGCCUCUGUGAGGGCUGACUGGGAAACAACAGCCUUCCUGUCCUCUGUUUCAGCGCUGUCCCACUCCUCAAGUUGGGAAGCGACACACCUGAACCUGUCCUUUCUCCAGCAACGACUUUCAUUUUCUUUUGAAUCAUUUGAUACUGUUUACACAGGUGAAGAUUAAACACCCAGUAAGCUUCUACCAUUGUUAGGAGCAUUCCUAACUCAGAAUUUCUUCUUGUAGCUCUGUGUAAGCAGGUGGAUAAGGUCAGAUCACCUUUGGUAAACUGGACCUCAGGAACAAGGAUGAGGUUUUGAAAGCUCAUAAAAGACAAGUAAGAUUGAAAUCCAAGCCUCAUUUCAGAGCCUAUGCCCUUCCCACUAUACCAGGAUUCAGCCUCCAAAGAGACAAGUGCUUGGUACCUACAUGCAAAGUGUGGGAGGGCUGCCCAGAACAGGGGAGAGGAUGGUGUAAAAAAGACCUACUCCUUUCCUGUUACCCUCUCCCCACACGUACCAGCCUUCCUGUUGCUCCCUCCAUCCACAGAAUAAUAGCUACCAUUUAUAAAAUGUUUACUCUGGGCUGGGAGCAGUGGCUCACACCUGUAAUCCCAACACUUUGAGAGGCUGAGGUGGGAUGAUCACUUGAGGCCAGGAGUUCGAGACCAGCCUGAGCAACAUUGUGAGACACCCCCCCCCCAUCUCUACAUAAAUAAUAAAAACUUU